AUUUAUCACACAAGUAAUGAAAGAAAUAUUCACGUUUUUUCUCUCUUUCAGACACUGGCGAAGUGGCAUGCGAAGUCUCUAUCGAUAAAAUUGAAGGAUUGUGAAAACUUUGAAAAAUUGGCAAGUCCAUUGAAGGAAAACAUUUUUCCGGUAGAUUUGAAUGUCGCCGUUGGUAAGACCCUUGAAAGCGGUCUGAUUAGUGCAACCGAUCAUUUGGAAUCAAUAAAACUUCAAACGGCAGAGUUAGAAAAGGCGAUAGAGUAUGUGAAAUCUCUCAAAAAUAAUUGCUACGAUGUAAUAGCAAAGUUGCUCUCCUUACCGAAAGAUAGGUAUUUCACUAUUUGUCAUGGGGAUGCAUGGAUAAACAACAUCCUUUACAAGUACGAUAAGAACGGUAAACUGCUUGAUAUCAAAUUCGUUGAUUUUCAAUUAUCUCGGCAUACAUCUGUCGCCCUUGACUUCCAUUAUUUCGUGUACUCAAGCGUAAAAUCUUGCAUAAUUGAAGAUAAAUAUGAUAAUUUGAUCGAGCUUUAUCACUGUACAUUUGUGGAAAAGCUUAAAGAGUAUGGCGUUUCCGAGGUAGAUCUUAAGAAUUUGACCAUAGAAUGGUUCAAGUUGGAAUUGAAGAAGUUUAGCUUGUACGGAUUGGUCACUUCAUUCUGGUUGAUUCAUAUAGUACUCGCUAAUGAAAGCAAUGUUGUAGAUAUGGAUAAAAUGACUGUCAAGGAUAUAGAAGACAUGGAAUUUUUUAAUAAGGCAAUAGAUGCAACGAAAGCCGAGAGAUUUAAAUUGAUAACUUUACAUUAUCUUCGAAUGUAUGUGCAAUAGAUGGAAUUUUUCGAUUUUUGUCAAUUAAAUUUUAUUUGAAAAGACGAAAUAAGAAUAAUGUAAUGAAAUAGUAUGCAUUAAGAAAAAAAUGAUUUUUGUUAUUCUACGAUAUUAUGAACAUUAACAGCAAAAAUGUCAGUUAUUGAUCGGCAUUACACACAAGUAUUGAAAGCUAUUCUUCAGUUAUUGAAUAA